UAUCAUACAUGCUUAAUUGAUUAUUCAUAUCAAAUCAAAUAUCGUCAAUAAUCGUCACGCCACAUCAUCACGAUUUUUGAAAUGCCAUUUCUACCCCUACCUUUUAUUAUUAUUUUUCCAUUUAGUUCCGUUCAGGUUCAGGUCUCUGUUCUUCUCAAUUUGUUUGAAUUCGUGUAAACCUAGCAAUUUUCUCUGCUCACCAAGCCGUUGGUUUCUCGGUUCUCAUGCUAAAGAUAGUUCCUUCUUCUGAUUGCACGUGUUGGCAUGCUUGGGUGUGUUUCAGUGACUGAACUAUUACGUUUCUAUUCUAUGUUAAAGUUGUGUUUUGGAGGCUCCCUCUGUUCCCUUCAAAAAGAGCUUUUGAGGGAUUGACUCGGGUAUUAGUUGCCAUUGAAGAAUGGCACAAGAUAUUGCUACUCAACCAGCUCCUUUUGAUUUUGAACUCUUGCUUAGUGAUACUGAGAACCUUAGAACUGUCACAGCCUCAUCGGGCAGCACAGACCCAUGGAUUGAACCUGAAAGGUUGAAACUCAGACACAGGAUUGGUCGGGGACCCUUUGGUGAUGUUUGGUUAGCAACUCAUCAUCAAUCCACUGAAGAUUAUGAUGAGUAUCAUGAAGUUGCUGCCAAGAUGUUACCUUCAAUCAGAGAGGAACAUAUGAAGACCGCAUUAGAGAAAUUUUGUCAAUUAUAUUUUCAGUGCCAAGGAGCGGAUAGGGUGUGCUGGCUACUUGGAAUUUCCAUUUUAAAUGGAAGGAUAUGCAUCAUUAUGAAUUUUUACGAGGGUUCAAUUGGUGACAAGAUGGCUAGACUUAGAGAAGGAAGGAUUUCGUUGCCUGAUGUUCUGAGGUAUGGUAUCAAUAUGGCUCAAGGUAUUCAUGAACUUCACUCGAAAGGGAUCCUAGUUCUCAACCUUAAACCAUCUAAUGUGCUUCUCAACGAUAGUGAUCAAGCAAUACUGGGAGAUGUAGGUAUUCCGAAUCUACUUUUUGGUUCCUUAUUCCUAAGCUCAGAUAUGGCCAACAGGCUUGGUACUCCAAAUUACAUGGCUCCAGAACAAUGGCAACCAGAUGUCAGAGGCCCUAUAUCCUUUGAAACAGAUUCAUGGGGAUUUGGGUGCACUAUUGUUGAAAUUUUGACUGGUAAUCAACCUUGGUAUGGGUGUCCUGUUAGUGAGAUAUACAGAUCGGUUGUUGAAAAGCAUGAAAAGCCCCAGAUUCCUAGUGGCCUUCCUUCUUCAGUUGAAAAUAUCCUCAGCGGAUGUUUUGAAUAUGAUUUGAGAAAUCGCCCUUCAAUGGUAGAUAUUUUGACCGUCUUUAGAAGUUCACUGAGUGCAGUAGCCAAUGAUGGAGGAUGGAGAUAUCUUGGAACUCACAAAUCUUUAGCAAAAUCAAGUGGCACUGACUACACACAGUGGUUCCUCUCAAAGGAUCAUCUUCAGGUGGGUGACACAGUGCGCUCUAGAAAGCCUUCCAAUUCAUGCAAACCUCAAAACAUGGACGUCCCAGAAGGAAAUGUUGUUGGUUUAGAACGUAAUGCUGGUCACGGAUUUGUUUUAGUGAGGAUCCAUGGUGUUCAUGACCCUGUAAGGAUUCAUGCAUCGACUCUUGAACGUGUCACUAAUGGUCUGGCAGCUGGGGAUUGGGUACGCUUGAAGGAAGAAGAUGAGAAGCACUCGCCUGUGGGUAUUCUUCAUUCUGUCGAUCGUGAUGGCAGAGUGAGUGUUGGGUUUAUUGGCCUGCAAACUCUUUGGAAAGGAAACUCUUCAGAGCUUGAAAUGGCAGAAUCUUACUGUGUAGGCCAGUUUAUUAGGCUGAAAGCCAAUGUUUUGAGUCCUCGAUUCGAAUGGCCACAUAAAAGGGGAGGUGCCUGGUCUACUGGUAAGAUUUCUUGGAUCCUACCAAAUGGAUGCCUAGUUGUCAAGUUUCCAGGCAUGUUGAACUUUGGGGGUGAACCAAGCACUUUCUUGGCUGAUCCCUCAGAGGUUGAUGUGAUUAAUUUUAAGAAUUGUCCAAGGAUGAUAGAGAAGUAUCAACAUGUAGAGGAUCACCACUGGGCUGUUAGACCUGUUCUAAUUGCAUUUGGCCUUCUCACUGCUGUGAAACUAGGGAUGUCAAUUGGAAAGAAAGUUGGGAGAAACAUGAAUGUUAAUGCAAUGGAGAAUGAAAGUCAUUAUACAGAUAGCCAGAGUGCUAGCAGCCCUACAUGGACAUCUUCAGUAGCUAACAUCCUUUUCAGAGAAGGUGUUAACUUACCCACUGGCCGGUAGUUUUACCAAUCUUAUCUCGAUACUGUUGGAUCACUAACUAGUGAAGGAGUUCAUCAGCUAUGUUCUGCCAUGAUGUUGAUUGGCAAACAUUUCACUUGGGAAUUGUAAUUAUACAUAAAAGCCAACGGGACCAACUCUGAAUGUAAAAAUUGUACAUAUUUACAAACGAAAUUAGCUACCUAGCUUUGUUCAUA